UUUCAGUACCAAAAGUGGAAACCUCGAGCUACACUCUGGCUUACCAUGCAGCGUUGCAUAGGGAUUCCCUGCAGCGCUUACCUUGUCCUUCGCUCCCACGAUGAGUCCCCUGCAGCGUCCCCGGCCAUCUCCUCCGGCCAAUGCCGGAAUCCAGCUUCCAUGUUCCGGUCCCUGUGGCGUCGGGGCGUAUCGGCGGCAAAUUUGAAAUUUUUAAAAAAUGGCAUUUUUAAAAAAAUUAUAAUUACAUAUGCUUUGUCCUGUGCCCUGCCUGCAUUUUUACUGUCCUUUCUG